AUGGCGCCAAUGACGCGGCGCCGUUCGGCUCGGAUAGCUAGUGCUUCCAAGAUGCCAGCCAGAGGCACACCCCACAAGAGUCUUGCUCCGGUCAGUGAACGGGACGAGCAUGUGGCUAUGACGAACUCACCGGCCGCCCCGCGUACGCCGGCCGGCUCCUCGCCCAGAGUGCCGUCCAAUUCGGAGAUGAACCCGAGCAAGUCCCACAACUCCCUGCUUCCACCGUCGUCCGCAGUGCGUCUGGGCUUCGUCGACAUCCCGUCGGUGCGCCAGGAUAGCGUCCGCAAGAGCGCACGGCCUGACCGAUACGUGGCAGAAUCGGCCGAAGAGACAGCGGCUAUGUUGCAGCAGACGCCGUCCAAGUCGGCAACAGCGCCGCCGUCGUCGUCCUUCACGUUCCGCUUCACGCGCACGGGCGAGCCCAAGACGGCCGAUAUGGGCCUCAGCAAGGAAGCGCUCCACUUGAUGGAGGAGCUGCGCGAGGAGACGCUCAAGAUCCGUGCCGACAUGGAGGUCGAGCGUGCCGAAGAAACGGCCAAGGAAGAGGCCGAGGGACAUCAGUUCGAUGCCAACGGACGCCGGAUUGCCAAGCCCAAGAGCCGGGCUGGGCGUUUCAGUGACGUGCAUUCAGCCGAGUUCCAGAAGAUGGACUCGAUCGAGAACCACCCGUCGGCGUUCCGUGCGGUACCCGGUCGCUUCACGCCCGUCAAGACGCCGACAGCACCGACAACAGCGCUCUCCAGCGCCAAGCGUGGCCUCAAGCGAACCCAGUCCAAGGCCAACCUGGACGAGACGCCCAAGCAGGCCGGCUCCUCUGUCAUGGCCCCGUCGACGGGAAAGAAGGUCCAGACAGCACCUGCUGCUGCUUCUGCUGCCAAUGAGGAGAGAAAGGUGACUGCGUCGGCACAGAAGGACAGGGCGUUCCAUAGCAAUAUGCCCGUGCCUAGUGCCAAGCGUGUCAAGCAGAGCGUGCACGAUGAUGCGUCUAGCAGCCGGCCCAUCUCUCGCGAUGGAAGCGCGCUGCCACGCCCAACGACAACUGCGCCUCUGACUGCUUUUGCAUCUGUUCCGACUCCUGCUCCUGCGACCAGCCUCCCUCGGCCUCAGAUUCCGUCUGGUCUCAUGACACCGACCAGAUCACUGCUAUCUCGGUCGACGAGUAUCAAGACACCCGGCACAGCAAAGACGGCAAGCAAAUUUUUGUUUGCAUCGGGUAUGAAGAAGUCGGCGACAACGAGCAGCUUGCAGGCACCUGGCGGCUUCGACUUGGCAAAGGUCAAGCCGGCAUCCACCGUGCGUCUGGUGGAGGACGAGACAGGCAGCGAGAACAAACGACCUGUGGUGACUGCCAACACGGUAGCGAAGAGGCGUGCACUCCCUAUGCCAGCAAUGCCCACACUGCCGUUUUCCAAGACACCAGCGCCUCCCCGUGUGGCCAAGCCGGUGCUGAAGUACGCGGUCACGACGCCAAGCCGGAAGCUGACUAAGCAUGUGGCUUUCACGCCGACAACGCAGCGGGCGGUAGUCGCAGAGAAAUCGCCGUCUCUGUUCAGAUCGUUCAUGCCGCGAACGGGAUUGAAGCCGAGCGAAGAAGGAGCAGCCGGGAUGGACGAUCAAUCGACUGCAUCGACGCCGGCGAAAGAGUCGCCCAGUGUACGCCGUUUUGGGGCUGUUUUGUACCCAGACCUGUCCAAGCAUCCUCUCCUGUUGGGACUGGAUGGAAAUGCGGAAGCUCCGUCCACAGACGCAGCCACAGAGACAGACAAAGUGACAGCUGCAGCCACGGCCGGUCCGCCGGAAGCUCAGGCGUCGGUUCCUGGAACAUUCACAUUCCGCAGCGACAAGACGAUUUGCUUUGGGGAGAAGCCGCCGGCUGGGUUUGGGGCCUCUCCAGGCCAGGCCAGCGUGCGUCAGGUCCGGUUGUCGACGGCCACUGGAACGACGCACCGGGUUCCGGGUAGCUUCCCUGGAGGCGGCGCCAGCAGCGCCUUUUCUGGGGUGGUGGCCACAGCCGGACCGAACAAGGAGAAUUCGCGGCCGAUGGCAUUGAACAACAUCCCGCAUGGCAUUGCCAACAAGAAGCGUCACCGUGUGAGCGAAGCGGAAGACACGGCGGAAGAGGAGGAAGCCGAGCGGACGGCCAAGCGGCGGAAGAAUGAGCGUGUGCCUGAGGGCGAAGCCCUGAUGGCGCCGCGACUGAUGGGAAAAAGCGGUAGCGGCAGCGUGCGAGGCACACCGCAGAAGAAGGCGCAGCCGACGGGCAGCUUUGCGGCAGCGUUGGCCAAGACACCGAUGUCGGCAGCGAAGACGCUCAGCAUGGCGUCGGCCAAGACGCCCAUGUCAUCGACGAAGAAGCGCCCUGUACUGACCAUGAGCCGGCUUAACAGUCUUGCGCGGCCGAAGCUUCGAAAGUAG